AUGGCAGAGAGCAGGGAUCACUUCGUCACAUACACCAUGUUGUUGUUCACCACGGGAUUUUUGUUACCAUGUAUCGUGAUCGUGUUCUGCUAUUGGAACACAUGGAGGUUCCUCUGGUCUGUGGGGGAAGGGGGUCGUCACGAGAACGCCGAGUGGACCCACGAGAAGCAAAUUGCAAAGAUGUGCGGUGUGGCCAUCAGCCUUUUCCUCGUUGCCUGGACUCCGUAUGCCGCCGUUUGUCUGUGGUCUCUGUUCGGGGACGUUUCCAGCAUUCCGUCCCAGAUACUCGUUGUGCCUUCGAUGUUUGCCAAGUCCUCCGCAUGCUACAAUCCCGUCGUGUAUGCGCUCGUCAACAAGCGUUAUAGACUCGCGAUGAAGAAACUCGUUGGGCUGAAGAAGUCACGGAGGCCUUCGUUUGUGUUACACCUGUACAACUUUGAUCAACACUAG